GGCUUAUACAACUAGACUCUUGUCCUUGUUCAACCGCGUAUUGCGGACCCCCAUAUGCUAAUAUCAUCCUGAAGAUUCAGUUGGCCUCCUACAAUGAGGAUGGUUAGCAGGGAUGACACAUGCAUUUCUCCAGUCUGAAUUGACCAGCCUUAUAUCCGAUUCAAAGCGACGACAUCACGAUGUCCGAACUGCGGCUGAACGGUCUCUUGCUGAUCUCAAAGCCAUUACGGUGACAUCGGAGAUACAAUUGGCCGGGGACCUUCUCAGACGACCGCAGUUCAUUGAUUCUUUUGUCCUGGCCUGCAAGUCGAAGAAUGUCAAACUUGCAAGCAUCGGCACAAUAUGUCUCCAACGACUGACCGCAAGUUCGGCUGUUGCACGAGCAAAGCUGCCAGAUGUGUUGGAUGCAUUCCGUGAAGGGGUUGCCGCGGGAUAUGAGCCACAGCUGAAGAUACUCCAGACUUUGCCCUCUUUGUUUCAAUUCUAUGCAAGCGAUCUACACGGCGACCUCCUUGCGAGGACGCUCGAAAUUUGCGCCGUGCUACAAUCCAGCAAAACUGCUAUUGUCAGUAAUACGGCUGCGGCAACCUUUGAACAGCUGGUCUCUACAGUCUUCGAGCAAGCGGACAAGAACGAAGAUCGCCUGCGUACAACUGAGGGGCAGGCUGAAGAUGCUGAGCCAAGUGAAGCAGCUGAACCAACUUCGACCCAUGAUGCGGAUCGCCUCUUUUACGAUCUCUGUCUGCUCAUAGACCAGCAGCAACCGGAAUUCCUAGCCAUAGAGGGCAUCCCACCUGGGUUCCUCCUGGAGACACUGCAAUCCCUGUUGUCCAACUACAGGUCGUUCUUGGUAUCCCAUGCCAGCAAGCAUCCGGAUCACUGGGAGCACUUGGUUGAUGGGCUCUCUCAGAUCCUUGUUAGAAAGGACUCCUUUGGGGUGGUGGUACGGGCCUGGUCAAUCCUGGCCCUGCUUUUCCAGGGAUAUGCUGAACCUCUGAAGGGUGCACUGACACGGAUGAUCCCGAUUUUACUUUCCACGUUGGAAAAAGAUGGCAACCCACCGUGGAAGCGGGCUCUGUGUCUAGAGUUCUUCAGGAAGUUAUGCACCAACUUCGGUAUUCUGGCCAACGUCUUCGAGUUGUUUGACAACAAUAACGAGCAGGGGAAAUUAGUCGGUCCAAUGCUGUCCUCAUUUGUGCGCAUUGCCGCAGAAGAUCCAUCCUUAAUCGGGCUUGGACGACAGUCCACGGUUCCUAUCCAAAGGGCUAAUGACAUUAACGACGAAGACGUGGCAUCUAUUGAAGCUCAAGGCCUCGGUGGUGCUAUAACCUCCGUGUCGGCCCGGGAGUUGAACAGUACCGGCAUAAGCAUGGAGUGGAGCGUCCUGGAGACCUCCCUGAUGGACCAAGCCGACAAGCAGAGUCCUCCGGCGAUACCGAGCACUUACAUCCACGCCUUGGUGUUGGGUUGCAUUUCAUCCUUCUGCGACGGCUUGUCCAAGUUUGUUAUGCCCUUGAGUGUUCCUGGCCGAGCCGCCCAACCGCAGCCACAAGAGGCCGCCCACAGAGACAGCUCCUCAAGGCGUUCUACAGAAGAUGAUCCACCGCGCAAAUCCACACGAUCUGCUACUAGCGCUCAAAAAUAUCAACGUCUUAUCAAUCCCUUGACAACGGAAGAUCAUCCGCAGUUGCCCCAGAUCAGAUCGUGCGCGAAUAUGGUCGAGGCUUGCUGGCCAGCGGCUCUUGCAAUUUCCUCCACCUUCCUCAAUGCUGCCCUGGACUCCGAGUUCUAUCAUAUUUUGGUUCGAUCGGUGCAGAAACUGGCUCAAGUCUCGGGUGUCCUUGAGCUACCCACUCCGAGAGAUGCUUUAUUGACCACAUUGGCAAAGGCCUCGAUACCCGCAAAUGCGAGCAAUGUCAUAACGGCCUAUCAAAACUCAACAGCCGCUCGGACUAUCGAUGUGGAACCUGAGAGUCCGCAAGAAAGCAUUAAAUCUCCAGGCGAGCCACCUCAAACACCUACUUUCCAGACCACUUCUUCAUCACUCAACGUGCGGCACCUUCUCUGCCUCCGGGCUUUGUUGAAUCUUGGUAUUGCGCUUGGGCCUACAUUGGAGCAGGCAUCGUGGUUCAUCCUGAUAGAAACAAUGCAGACCGUGGAAGCCCUGAUUUCAAUACCCACUACUUUAACAAGCUCAGCAAGUAGUACCCAGCUGGGUGGGACUCGAUCUGGGCUCUCCGCUGGUGAUGGCCAAACCACUCUGACCAACGAGAUAUCAGCAGUACAGGCUGCAACGAAAAGGAUGCUGGAAAGCACCCGAGGCUACACGUCAGACGCUUUUGCCGUGACCAUUAAAGCACUGUUUCGUCUCGUGGGCCAGGUGGCCUCGGGCGAAAACAAAUCGCCGAUUGUACAAGCUCCUGGGCCUGCUGCGACUUUAUCGCCUAAGACUCCGGUCUCUGGGAGACAGGGCCACCGCAUUUCCCGCAGCGUAUCAGGCCUCUGGUCAAAAUCAAAGUCAUUAGAUCUUGAAACCGACUUUGUGCUUGGCAAGAUCAGCGAACUGGCUCGCAUUAACAUCCAUCGCUUCGUAUCGGAUUCAGAGACUUCGUGCUCCUGGGAGCUCAUCGGGAGCCGGCUACUGGAGAUGAUCCGGGAUGUUGAUGUUGGCGGCUCUCACCGCGUGUAUGCGGCCAACGUCCUUGACCAGAUCUGUGUUGAAACGGUCAAGUACCUCGACGAACCCAAGUUUGAAGUCGAUCAGGCAGAUGCGGUCCAAUCUCGCUGCUUACAGGCUCUAUUUGAUCAGGUAGAGUUCCUUUACGAAUCUCAAGAUGACAAGCCCGGAAACAUAGAGCUCGAGAUUCAUCAGAAGGCUCUGGAAGCAUUGGAAAGCAUUGUGAGCCACGCUGGAGAAACACUGGGCAACAACUGGUUCAUGGUCUUCAGGAUUUUGUCAACAACUUUCUUUCACAAGCGUGGAGAGGAGUCAACGAGCACCUCAGCAUCCAGUCAAUCAGAAACUCGGGAAGAAAGUGCCCAAAUUUUGCGGGCAUCUUUCAGGUCGGUACAAUCGAUCCCUCCGGAAUUCCUCAGCCUUCUCAGCCCAUCUUUCAGGUCGGUACAACUGAUCACUUCCGACUUCCUGACCGUUCUCGGCCCCAAGUCGCUCAUAAGCCUGGCAGGGCUACUGCGAAUGUUUGGUUCUCAGGACUAUGACUUGAACAUCGCUCUCACCAGCACGACUCUCUUGUGGAGCCUAGCAUCCCAGGUGUUGACGGGUAUCGAGCAGAAGGGGCUGGAAAUCGUUCCAUCUCUGGACAUCGUAUUCCAAAGUCCGGAACUGCGCAACGACUCGUCAACGUUGUCGAUUCUCUGGAGUGCAAUCUUGAUCCAGCUCGUUCAGCUGUCUCAAGAUGUUCGUCCAGAUGUUCGCAACGCAGCCAUCAAGAUACUACUGAAGUUCUUCGAAGGUUCAAGCGAGAGUUUGGACCCCCAAGGCUGGUCUGAGGCUCUUGCUGCCGGCCCGCUGAGAGUGCUACAAAGUAUCGCGGAACUUGCUUCUCGCAAUGAAGCUGAGCCGGAAUGGUUGGCAUCUGGUGUACAGUUGACCGAGGGCAUAGUACACCUUUUGAACGAAAAUCUAACCAUGAUCACUAAACACCAAGACUUUGGAAAUACCUGGCAACACAUUGUGGAGGUCUUCAAGGACCUCCUAGACACCGCUUCUCUCACUGCUUUCUCCGUCGUCUUUUCCAACUUGUCCAAGCUGUUGUCAUCGCUUGCAGCGAUCGGAAAAGGUGAUUCGGAAGUACUCCUGCCAGUGCUGCGCCUUUGGGCAACCUACCACCCAGACGACGUCAAGCACAGUUUCGAAGCAAGCGCACGGCCAGACGAGGAGAAACCAAGCCAGUCAGCCGUGACGGCACAUUUGCAUCUCCUCGUUGAAGCCAACAAGGUGAAUCCCGAUGUGGUGAUGAAAUUCGAGUUCAACGGGCGUGGAAUGGCUGCAAUAUUGAUGGGUACAACCGAGCGGGCAGUCGUCUACUGUAGUCAUCCUCCGUAUACCAGCGACAUCAAGAACCUGUCUCCAGAGCAGGAGGAGGCGUGCGGGUGCCUAACAAUCCUGAAAACGAUCCUGUCCAACUCCAUUGCAGACUACGCGCAAUUUCUCCUCCGGCUACUAAAUCUGACCCUAGGCAUACAGAAUGGAUGUGUCGUUCAUCAUCCAAGGAGGUCAGCCAUGACCAAAUCCACCCAGAAACCUUCAUUCAUCGCCUUUGCGUCGGCAUGUCUGGACCGCUUGCGGGCUUUGGUUCUAGAGCACGCAACCAAUGACAAGUUCACUCAAGUUCUGAUGGUCAAAGAAUCCCUACACGUGCUGGCCGCCAUAAUCGGUACGAAAUACACCAACAUCCCAACCAAUCCACAGGCACCGCUAUGGCGGAAUGCCACGGUGACAGCAGUGGCCACGUUAGAGGCCCUGCGGACCCAUGUCAAAUCGUCUGGCGACAGCGAUACAGCAGCGCGUGAUCUAGACCGUCUCUCUUCUCUAGGAGACGAGGUCAUAGCCAUCGUCUCCAGCGUCCUGGGGUCCGGUGGCCUCUCGAAUCACCCGGACAAGCAUACCACGGAAACCCUCCGGGAAGACGAGGUCUUUGACAUGGAGCAUUUCCAGCUGGCGCACAAUGCAGUCGUCACGGUAUUUCAGCAUGACAAGAUUGCCGCACAUGUGUGUACGCAAUAUGCAAUCACUUUGUUCCAGGCGUCAUUGCUUGCAGAACCAUGGCUCGGCGACCUCUCGGACGAUCUGGUCAACGAACCACUCAAAGGUCUGACUGAAGUGAGGUCCGGGAGCGUCCGUCGGCCUGUUUUUGUCCCCAGGAGACGAAUCUGCUACUCGUCCCUGGACGCUUUGUUCGAUCUCAUGCGCUUGCCACCGCAGCAGGCAGGCAAAGACGGCGACAACGAUAACACGAAGGUCCUGGCGAGUUCAGAUAGGCGACGGCUGGCAUUCGCCGCGUGUCCAUAUUUGUGUCUACGGACCGUCCACCCGCUCAAAGUCUUUCUCGCCGACCAACGUCUGCGCGGACUGAGUCCGCCCCCGGUCCCGCAACAAGCCGAGCUACAGACCGUGCUGUCAAAGUACGUGGAGCUGCGAAGUGACAAUGAUGCGUUUGAGAAACUAGCUGCUUUGGACCAAGAGCAGAGUCAGGGUCAGGGUCAACGGCAUGCGAGACACCCCAGUAGCACUUCCGGCCAGUUGGCAGAUGGAAAAGCGCAUCUUCGCGUCCUAUACCCGUUUCUACUUCGAGUAGAAAGAUUCUGGCGGGAGUUGCCACGAUUAAAAGGCGAAGGUGCCUGGCAAGCUCAGGAGUUUGGAAAGGGCAUUGAGGAGUCACUCGAGCGCUGGCAUACGACAUUGGCAGAAGGUUGGGGGUUUGAAUAGAUCCAAUGGGAGAAUGGUAAAUGAUACAAAGUGUAGAUGCACCUCUGCUCUGAAGACAUAAAGAUAUGCACCGCACGAGCAAGUGACACGAAGAUGGGUUUAUUGAUUGACCAGCACUAUCGGAGUCCGAAUAGAACGAAGGCGAAAAAGUGCCUCUUCCAUGGCAACACCAGAGCCAUCUUCGCCUGCAGAGUAAGCUCGUGUCCGUCCAAACGCAUCAUGGUUCGUCCUAAUAGACGGCUAACGCGAAACGAUCUGAUGUUAAACUUGUGUGCACCAGCAUGAAAUGUUUGUUUUCUUGCCAUGUCUUUCCGCCGGGCGUCCUGAGGCGCAACCCUGGUUUCAUGCAGUCAAGGGCGGCGCGGCGACCCCCGGCUGAGGAUUAAGGGUGGGGGUAACCCGGAGAGCCACCCCUGAAUUGGUCGAUGGCCGGUCGAUAUAGGGAUCGGGUUCAGAUGUCUGACAGUGAUUGGCGGGAAAUAUUUCCUUACCUGCCGCACCUCAAGUAGUCGCGUAUUUGAGAGUCGAGGUGACUAGCCGAGACAAGCGACAUCCAGAGACAGGACUUCCACAGUUCACAAUGUAACCGGGUACAAUGUGUCAAGAGAGACAAUCAAGCAGGUGCUGGCAGAGGCUGGACAGGUGGUUUCCCGCCGACGCUUGGGCUGUCGGUCGCUAGUGGUGGUGGCAGCUCUGGUGCCUGGCGGUAUAAGACAAUUUCCGAUUGUUUGAAAUAUCGGCGAGCAUCUGCGGCGGAUAUCAUGUUAGUUUUGUCACUUUGCAAAGGGGAAUCAAGGAUGUCUCGUCAGAAAUGGGCAUCCUGUGUGCAGUGAGAGCCCAGUAUAGCGAGUGCAACCUUCAAACGCCGAUUGUUUCCGUUCCAUUCAUGCAAACGGUAUUUGUUUUUGGGAAGCCAAGAGGAACUGACCUUCAUCAAUCAAUACAAGGCUGAGGUAGUAUCGGACAGAGUAUUUCUUGUUCACUUCACGGAAUGUCGGAGUCAAAUCGAAGCCUCCGAGGAACAGUCGAAUGGGUAUCGUUUCGCCUGUUGUCCGUUAGAAGCUGUGUGGAUACAAUGCCUUGAAUUCGGCUGUCCAAACGCAAACGUACCUCGCGAGGGAGAGCCAUCCAUGAUCUGGGAUCGUCAGCAGACAAUCAUAAUGGAGUGACGGACAACAUACCUCGAACCUCACCAACGUCUCGCUCUCGUUGUAUUGGUUGGGCGCCACCCCGGUAGUCUCCCGCCGGAUGAUGGACAACUCCAUAUGUUUUAUCUUCAGUCUCACAAGCAGGAAAUAUAUCCUCCCCACAAUGACGUCCUUCAGAUGAUAUUUGCUCUUGGAGUAUUCGAAUUCGAUGUGCAAGCAGUCCUCG